UAACCUGUGGCAUUCGGCAUGAUCACCGCUCCCCUGCAUAGUGAAUAAAAUCAGUCGCUAUGGUGACCAUCAAAUCGUAAAAGACAGGUCCUCAUUUUCAGCAAUGUAACUAUACAUAAAUAUAAAUACACAAAAUAAAUGCAAAGAAUUUAGAGAAAAGUUUUAUGUUUUCAUGCAAGACCUUAAAGUCGGGUCAAAUUAACUUCUGGAAAAACUGAACAGAACAGAGUAACGGCCAAAUAGACACCGGGAAAGAACAGCACACACCCUUCAGACAAUGCCAUCAAUUACGUUUCUUCGAAGUUUCGUCUUUUUUCUUUUUCCUUGCUUUUUUGCUCUGCUGUUCGUGUCCCUUCUGCCGCAGAUCUCCGGACAGAAGUCAACGGGUCCACGGUGGCUGAUUGGAGACCGGGAGUCCCACUGUGCCGUCUGCACGCGGACGCAGGGCAGACCGGUAUGCGGCUCGGAUGGCCGCAGCUAUGACACCAGCUGCGAUCUACAGAAGGCAAAGUGCAAGGACAAGUCUUUGACUAUAGCCCAUCGUGGCCGCUGCAAAGGUAAAAACUGGGCAAGAACUGACCAGCCCCUUCCCGGUUUUGGACCAACAUCCUCUUCAGAGAGCAAGGACAUCGAAAUCAGAGAUAUUGGCCAGUUAAGGUGCAAAGCAGAGAGGAAUCAAGCGCUGGAGCAUCCUAAGGAAUUCAUCCCAGAAUGCAAUGAAGAUGGAUCUUUUGCGCAGGUGCAGUGUCACACUUUGACAGGGUACUGCUGGUGCGUCACUCCGGAUGGCAAACCAGUGAGUGGUUCAUCGGUACAUAACAGGACCCCAGUAUGUUCAGGAAACUUCCCUGAAUUUAUGGGCACUCAUGCUGGGACAAGUGGAUUGUCAGGUUCAGCGACGGACAAGACACCAGGGCCACCUAGUUCUGGGAGAAAAGUCUCUUUCCGUUUCUUUCUCACCCUCAACCCAGAUGAUGGGUCCAAGCCGACACCCACUCUGGAGACACACGCCGUAUCUGACGGCGACGAGAUCACUGCCCCAACUUUAUGGAUCAAACAGCUAGACUACAAAGAAAAUAAACAGAACAGCUCUACUUUCAAGAGAUCAGAGAAAGUUCCUUCUUGUGACCAGGAGAGACAGAGUGCACUGGAUGAAGAUCGUCAGAACUCAAGACAGGCCAUUUUCAUUCCAGAAUGUGGGCCCGGAGGCCUGUACAAAGCAGUCCAGUGUCACCAGUCCACAGGUUACUGCUGGUGUGUUAUGGUGGAUACUGGGCGGCCGAUCCCUGGGACGUCCACCAGAUACCAGAUACCUGACUGUGACAGUGGUGCACGAUCACGGACCUCGGAAGCGGAUGAUCCAUUCCGGGAGAGGGAUUUACAAGGUUGCCCAGAGGCAAAGAAAGUAGAAUUCAUUACCAGUUUGUUGGAUGCACUUACCACAGACAUGGUACAGGCUGUAAACUCACCCACCCCCUCUGGUGGUGGGAGGUUUGCGGAACCGGACCCCACCCAUACGUUGGAGGAACGGGUGGUUCACUGGUACUUUGCCCAGCUGGAUAACAACGCAAGCAAUGACAUCAAUAAAAAAGAGCUUAAGCCCUUCAAGCGUUACGUGAAGAAGAAAGCCAAGCCCAAGAAAUGUGCCCGCAAGUUCAUUGACUACUGUGACCUGAAUAAUGAUAAGGCCAUUUCUCUCCAGGAGCUGAAGGGCUGCUUGGGAGUGAGCAAGGAUGGAGCAGGUAGUUCAGUGAGCAGCAUCAACCAAGGAAUAAGGCAAGGGAGCCAUUCGUUCAUACGGCGUCUGGUGUGAAGAGACAUGGUUCCUGGAGAUGAGGGAAGAAGAGAGGGCACGGAGGGAAACAGCUUGUGUGCACUCAGAGAGGGAGACGGAGCACGGAAUUAGUCAACUUUAAGUUAUUAAAGUGGCACCAAAAUAUUUGCACUUUCUCCUCCCAUUGUUAGGCAUUUAGACAGUUUUUUCGUUCUGUUUCUGACUUGUUUUUCAAUUUAAUUGUUUAACUGAAAUUAUUUGAGUGAUAUUUGUGCAAAGGAGGUAAUCACAGAAAAUUCUGUCCCAGUCUCUUCCUUAGCUAGUGGGGUUUCCUCCAUGUAAAAAUGUCUAUCUCUAGCCCAUACUUAUUAACAUGUUUUUGCUCCCUAGGGAUUGACGAAUUUUAUUCAUGCUUAUGGGAUCAAAAUAAGUAUCUGCAAACUUUAUCACAGCUAAUUUAGUAUAAACCUCAAGAACCUUCGUAUUCAACUCUGGAAUCUGAUCCUGCUUUCAAGCCUAUACUUUGUCACACCAUUAGUCCGAUGAAAAUAAAGUAGCUUAAAAAAUAGUAAUUCAAUUAUAUACAAUUUAAACUUUUGUUGCAGCAGUGGUUAAUUGUCGUUCAAUAAAGUUGAUUACAGAAGUGCUAGUAUGUCACAGAAUGUGAUGCAAUGGGGUAUGUAUUAAGAUUGUAAAUAAAAAGGAAAAAAUAUAGCAGUAAAAGAAAGGUAGGGCAAAAUAUCGGUAGAAAUGUUCAGGAUUUUGCCAGCUCACAAAGCAAUAGCAGAAUCAAUGAUCCAAAGAGGGAACAUUGAGUUCUUUUCAGAAGCAUGCUAAUAGCUACAUCUUGUUCUUUUGGUUGCAGCACUGACAUUAUGUCAUCAUAAUCAUGUUUUUAGUCUGUUUUUUUUCUGGAUGUUGACAACAACAGUGUCAACAAGAUUUUGAAACGUGAAAAAAGUUAUUGCAGCCCAAGUGGUCAUUAUAUUUUAAUUUGAAGUGAUUCAUUUAUGAGCUUGCUGUGUGUACUGACAUUGUACCAAGAAGCCACAGCCCUACUUCAUGGCUACUUCAUGGAAGUAAAUUAAAUUACUCACUGUGUAAAUAUGUAUUAUAUGCUUUUUAUUUGGAUUUUUUUGGUUUUUGUUUCCCUUAAUCUUCGGUUUCACUUAUACUCUAAAAGCAGCCGUAUUGGUAAACUGACAGAUGUAUUGUUCGAAAAAAAUGUAAAGGAACUGUAAUAUUGAAAUAAUUUGCCACAAUUUGUUAAUGCAUAUUUGAACAAAAACGUUUUUCAGAUAACGCUCUGAAACAAUUGGUUGCAGAAGUUCUGUUUAUUCGAUUUUCUGGUAUUUUGCCAGUAUUCCGCUGUUUAUAGCUGAGUCCUCUUGGUCUAGCCUGGCCCAGAGGGCCAGAUAGCAUGGUCACACUCCUCGUGGUUUUUUUCCAGCUCAUGAGCCUUUAGAAACACUGGCUCUGUGUGUCUGCUCAAGUACUUCCAGACCCCUGGCACAUUUUAAACAUCCAAAUUGUUUAGUGGAACAGACAUGGGCGUAAUCAUUGUUAAUCUACAGGAAAAGCCUUUGUGAUGGAGAUUUAUAGUGGACUGUUCGGACAAAAGGAAAGCAAUAGUUUUCAGGACUUCUGAUCUGCCGGGCCAUGUGACAAAUGUGAUGUGUGACUGUAUAUUUCAUUUGUUACCUGUGUUCAGAGGGCAACAUGGAGUGCUGCUGUAGGGCAUAUUAAUGGCACCUACUGGUGGAAAUAAGUAUCUGCUCUUCUAAAGGGCUGAAGCCCAAGCUUUUAUUUAGCAAUCCCUUGUAGAGAGGUUCUUCAAAUGUGAGAAAAGGCAAUAUCUGUUUUUUAAUCUGUUGACCUCUUUAAUAUGAAAUAAAUAUUAUGAAAAAUC